CAUUUUUUUUUUUAAUUUCAUUUUUUUCCACAAUAAGUAUUUAUUUCCCAGGCAUUUUGAAGAAAGAAAAUUAUACGACUCGGUCUAAUUGUCAACACCCUCCUCUAUCCAUCACCCCCGCCCUCCAUAAAGCGGCCACCGCGGGGGGUCUCGUACAAAGGAAGCCGCUCUUCCCUCUCUUCCGAUUCUCGUUGCUGCUCACUCGGAAUCUGCAGGAGCAAUGUCCAGGCCGGUCAGGAACAGAAAAGUCGUUGAUUACUCUCAGUUUCAAGAUUCAGAUGAUGAAGACUAUGGAAAAGAGUCUGCUCCACCUUUGAAGAAAGCACGUAGAUCUUCUAGAGAAGUAAAGGAAAAAAGGAGGUCUGGGAAAAAUUCACAAGAAGACAGUGAUGAAUCUGAAGAAAAGGAUACAAAGAAACCCAAAAAGGAAGGAGAUUCUGCAGAGGAAGACUUUGGCAGUGGAGAUGACUUGGCAGAGGGAGAUGGAAAGGCAGACAGUGAUUAUGAAAGUCCAAAACGGAGCAAAAAAGGCAAAAAACCUACCCCUGACAAGAAGAGAGCCUCCAAACAAAGAAAGAGAUCUGCACAAGAUGACAGUGACGAUGAAAAGCAUCGCAAAAAUGUCAGACAGCAGAGGCAAGCAGCAUCAAAAGCUGUGUCUAAACAAAGGGAGAUGUUAAUGGGAGAUGGAGGCAGUGAAGAUGAAGAACAAGAGGAGGAAGAUGAAGCACAAUUUUUGGAAAAGGAUUCUGGGAGUGAUGAAGAUUUCAUGGUAGAAGAUGAUGAUGACAGUGAUUAUGGCCGAUCCAAGAAGAAGAAAAAGAUUGUUAAAAAAUCUAAACCAGAAAGAAAAGAAAAGAGAGUACCUAAGCCCAGACUAAAAGCUACAGUAACACCCAGUCCAGUAAAGGCCAAAGGAAAAAGUCGUCCUGCUGCUUCUAAGGCUCCUAAGGAAAAAUCUCCAUCUCCCAAAGCAGAGGAGGAGGAAGAGGAGGAUGAAGAGCCAGUGACCCCGCCACCAGAGAAGAAGUCUACCAGUUCACCACAGGAAAAAUCUGGAGAUGAUGUGUCUGAUGAAGAAGCUCAGUCCACAGAAGACUAGCACCUUUCAGGGUGUGUGGGGAGGGACUUGGGGUGAGGGUGAUUGUCGGGAAAUUUUAUUAAAAAAAAAAAAAUACAAGUUAAAAAAGCAAAAUAAGCCUGUUGGGUUAAGAUCAUGACUUGGGCUACUGCUUGAUUCAUGCACCUCCAAUGCUGUCUUUCAUUUCUGUUUUAAGAGUUACUUGCGCUUUCUCAUUUUGUUUUUUAAAUAUUAUUUUAACCAGCAUAAGGUGAAACAUUUUUGCCAUCUUUGGGAUUAUUGAUUGUUGUUUCCAUUACCUGUGAAAUAAAGCCAUGCACAUUUUUAAUAAAUUGCAUUGCUGAGAAGUGUUUGGUGGGGGUCGGGUUGGAGAAGGACUUUUAUUUGGCUUAUAUAUUUUUUUCUUUUUUGUCAAAUGAAUUGUUUUUUGGUAACCUUAAUGAAAUGGCCUCUUUUAUUCAUUA